UAGAGAUCGAUUAAGGCCAUGCUCCAGUUGCUUACGAAGCCGAUGGGUUACUAGAGAUCGACGAAGACAAGAGGACUGGUUCCAUCAUCGGCGAUCACCGGAAUUGGAGACCUCCUUUAUUCCCGUCUCCUCGACGAUGGAGAUCUCGCCUUCUGCUUCUACUGCCGGAGUCACUGAGAGGAGGGGCAUUCCCGGAGCUUCCUUCGUGGAGGACGUUGAGACUUAUCUCAAGCAAUCCGGUCUCGAUGUCAACUCCUCCCUAGGUUUCCUCCAGGAAAGGCUUCAGCAGUACAGAGUCGUGGAGAUGAAACUUUUGGCUCAGCAACGGGAUCUUCAGGCAAAGAUACCAGAUAUUGAGAAGUGCUUAGAUGUUGUUGCUAUGUUGGAAGCGAAGAAAACUGCUGGGGAGGUUUGUUUAAAAAAAGCACUCAUUACAGAUUUUGAAGUGGCCGAAGGUAUUUAUUCACGUUCAAAAGUUGAGGAUAAUGAUUCUGUUUGCCUCUGGUUGGGAGCUAAUGUAAUGCUUGAGUAUUCCCUGGAAGAGGCAAAAUCCCUCCUAGAUAAGAACUUGGAAAAUGCUAAAGCGAGCUUAGAAGUUCUUGUUGGUGAUCUACAAUUCUUAAGGGAUCAAGUGACCAUAACUCAAGUUACUGUUGCUCGGGUGUACAAUUGGGAUGUUCAUCAGAGAAGAACUAAGCAAGCAGUAAAAGAACCCGAAUCCUGAAGUUUUUUUUUUUUUUUUUUGUAUUAGCUUCCAGAACUAGCAGUAUUUAUGCGUUUAUAUAUGUGCCUUUGCUCUCUGUAUGAGCAAUAACUGAUUCAUUGUUGUCAAGCUUAGACGUAGAAUUUUGUGAAUGUUUGAAGCUGUUUUAUUGCUCAUUUCUUGUUUACAGAGAUUUGUGUAAGUGCGAGAUUCUUAUCAAACUUCUUACGAGUUUAAAAUCUUGCUAGAUGA